UUUUUCUGUGAAAUCAAGAUAUUUAUUUAGUAAUAGUUUAAGAUAUUUUACUGGUUGGUUUGUAAGAGGAGUUCUAAACUCAGCAUUUUGAAGAUUAAGCUUCUGAUGUAGGUUUGAUUUCUAGUCUAAUCUUCAAGCACCCCGUUGUUUACACACACUCCAAAAUGUCUGAAGAUACAGUAAAGACUGAUUCACCAACAGUGCCAGAGUCAGAACCAGAAGUCGCCAUGGAAACAACAUCACAAGCAGAGUCUGCUACCGUCGAGGAGAAAUCUUCACCACUUCCUUCAGUUGAGGAUGAAGACAAACCGACACCUCUGCCUACUGUUACAGAAGACGUCAAACCUGCUCCAUUACCUACUGCAACGCUGACUGCAACAGAAAAACCACCCUUCAAGAAACCCAUGGAUAUUAAGAAACCACAGCUUUCCCCUGAAAAGGCAGAAGAAGCCAAACUAAAUGCCAAGUACGGGAAAGUAAAACCUGGUGGCUCAGACUUCCUCCGCAAGAAAUUAAACAAAGGCGUGAAAUAUUUUGAUUCUGGUGACUACAACAUGGAGCAGCAAUCAGGAAAGUUAAGAAAUCGAGGCAAACCACCUGGCUUGGCUGGACCUCCAGGGGUACGCCUUCCAGUCCAAUCUCCUCUUGGUCAAGCUACAGGAAAGACAAUCCCAACACCUGCCUCCAUACCACAUAGGAAACAAUCUACAGAGAUUAGUAAGCUGGCAGUGUAGAACUAGAAGUAGAGUAGACGCUAGAAGGUUAGUAUGAAAAGGCAAAACUCAAAUCCUUUAUUUACAUUCUCUACAUCGGUGUCUGGUUCCUAAUGGACACAAUGACAGUUUAAGUUCUAAUGUGUAUUUCUGUAUAAAGUGAUCAGACUAUUUUCCCCUUGCGGUCUCACUUUGGUUUCAUUGAUGUGAAUUGAUGUCAAAACAAGAUGGCUGUACUGUGUCAAAGGUCAAAGGACUGUUGUUGUAACACUUGGUUGGUAUGGUAACCGUAUUUUAUGUUCGAUAAAUUGUGAUUUGAAACUGAGGCAUAAACAUCUUUGGCGGGACUUGGGGCAGAGCUGGGAAAUUACAACGUUCUCUUUAAGUACUUAGGGAAGGGCAGGGCAACUAUCCACAUCCAUAAAGAAGUAUUGCAGGGCAACCAUUUAAAAAUGUUUUAGUGUGUGUUCAAAGAUAAUACACAAAGUUGUUGACAUGUUUGUUUUGAACAUAAAGCUCCUUUGUGGUCAUGAUACUUUUCUUUUGUGAAUCUUGUAAGAAAGUGUUUUACUAAGUCAAAGCUAAAAGGUUGGAGACUAUGUUGAUAAAUAUUCAUUCAUGAGUUAGUUUGCUAAUUAAUUGUGUUUGCAUAUUCAUUUGUAUUGUAAUGAGAAUCAAAUCCAAUGAUUUUUGUGCAUGCAUUGAUGGGAAUCAUAUGUAGUGGCAUAUGCGGACAUUUCCAUUUCUAAUGUGUAUAAAUUUGAAUUAUAAAAUGCCACUUUCGCUUUUUGGUAGCCAAGCCAAAUUCAGUUCAAGUAUGAAUUGUUGGUUAUGCAGUCUACAAUGCUUUGCUUGUUGCUUCAGUUGGUUUGUAUUUUACUCCGUCUUUAUGAUGUUAGUUUAUUCAUGUUAAGGACUGGCAUGGAUUCUUCAUUAUCAUAUUAUGUGUGUAUUGUUCUAGAAUAAGGGUUUCAGAUUUGCCACUGUCUACUUGAUGAUAUUAUAGCCAUGUCUGUCUGAUUUAACGUUAGUCUUAUGUAUAUAAUCCAAACCCUACUUAUGUAAAACCUCUUCUACUCUACAUUCUCCAGUGAGUUUCCCAAUCAUUUGAAAUCAGUCAACUUGGAUGGUUGUGUAUGGUGGCACAGGCCCCUAUGCUUUCGUUUUUGAAAGGGCAAGGGCACAAAGGCUUUUGCUCCUUUAGGGCACCCUGUUAGGAAAUUGUAUUUUUCUACUGCAGCAUUUCAAGGGCACCAAGGCAAUGAUCAGGGGGCAUGGAGGCAAUCGCCCUCGUUGCCUCAGUGAAGUAUCAGGCCUGGUGGCACAAGUGUGUACUGAAUUGCCUGCCUACUGGGUAAAUGAUAUCAUAUUACAGGCUGCCUAACUAAGUUGAUCUAUCAUUUAACAUGAGAGUGGAUCAUGAAUUGUAAGACAGUAGGAUGGUAACCCAAGGUCUGUUAACUUACUUAUCUAGUGUUUUAUAGAGAGCUACACCUGUACAUGAACCAGGCAAUGGUGGUCUAGUGGUAAGACAUCUGCUCUAGAAAGUCAAGGUUGUGGGUUCAAAUCCCACCCAAGUAAUACCCCUAUUGAUUUGUUUCACUUGAAUCUGGAAAGUACUGAGUAUACAUCAAUAAAAGAAUACAACCAAAUAAUAAUCUAGUAAACAAUCAAUGUUGUAUCCUUCAUCUAUUCGAACAGGAAAUUUCUCAUCAAUGCAUCGUUAGUCGAUACAAAGGGAUGCCAGAUUAAAACCUUGUAGAUUUGUAAAAUUGUUUUUCAUUUUUAUUUUUAAAGUUUUCUUUGAUUAAUGUAAAAAAACUUUGCAUGGUUGAAUAGGAGAAGCAAAAGUUCUGUAUUUUUUCAUUAUAAAAAGUGGGGGAAAAGGCCAGGUAGUGGGAGUUCAAGUAAAUAUUUACUCAUGAUACAUGUAAACCCAGUUAGUAUUUUAGGAAUAACACUCAUGGAUAGUCUUUGUCUGGUCGUGUAAUUAGCUUUGUCAUUUGGAACAUCAGUUGAGAAAGUUGAAUUAGAAAAACAAAAAGUGUCAUAAUUAAGUGGCUGUGUAGCUUUUUAAGGUUAGUUGAUGCUUAAGAAGUGAGAAUGAGUUUCUAGACGGAGAUUAUUUACACCGUGAACAACCACUUCAAAACGCUUCAAUCAAUAAUGACAGAUUGUUUUAUUUCAGUCUGCCAAAGUUUCUUUUUUACAUGAGCAAUCACACUUGUGUUGCUUAGUUUGGUUUUAUUGAGGUAAUUGCGAAGUUAAAGGUUGAGCAUCUCAUGCCGUUCAAAAAGAAAAUGUUAACUGAUAGAGAAGAGUAAUGAUUCUUAUGUUUGAUACAUGUAUACUGUGUAUGACAUAAGAACAAGACUAAGUAGUGCAGUGUCAUGGGUAUCAUAAUGCGGCUAAGUAAUCAUUGACAUAAAGAAAACAAAGAAGGAAAAACACUCCCACAGGAUGAGCAUGCUACAUC